AGAUGUUGAACAAGGAUUAAAAUUAGAUUGGAGAAGUCGUUUCCAAAUAAUAGAAGGGGUAGCUCAGGGGCUUCUCUAUCUUCACAAACACUCCAGAUUAAGAAUCAUUCAUCGAGACUUAAAGGCAAGCAAUAUUCUACUGGAUACUGAUAUGAACCCCAAAAUCUCAGAUUUUGGCAUGGCGAGGAUCUUCGAUGCUAAUGAAGCCCAAGCGAAUACUCGAAGGAUUGUUGGAACAUACGGUUACAUGUCUCCAGAAUAUGCUUUCAAGGGUCUCUUCUCCGUCAAGUCUGAUGUAUUUAGUUUUGGAGUGCUCCUUCUAGAGAUUGUAAGUGGGAAGAGAAACGCCGGUUUUUAUGAAUUUGAUUCUUGGAGCAAUCUUCUUGCCUAUGCUUGGGAUUUAUGGAAAGAAGGAAACUGGAAGGAACUUGUGGAUCCUGCAUUAGAUAACCAAUUUUGGUAUGAUGAGGUGACAAGAUGCGUCUAUGUGGCGCUUCUGUGUGUACAAGAGAGUCCAGAUGAUCGCCCGGUUAUGUCCGACGUCGUUAGUAUGCUUAGCAAUGGAAGCUUAAACUUCAGUAGUAUCAAACCACCUGCAUUUUUUGCUAUGAAAAAUGCUUCAGGUUCUAAACGGCCAUUAAAUCUGCAUGUAAAUGAUGCU